UCGGCGGGGCGAGGCUGGCGCUGCGGCUGGGAGUCGGGCGGGGAGGUGUCGUUGCCGCCGGCGUCAUGGGCAAUUGCCACACGGUGGGGCCCAACGAGGCGCUGGUGGUGUCAGGUGGCUGCUGUGGCUCCGAUCUAAAGCAGUAUGUGUUCGGAGGCUGGGCCUGGGCUUGGUGGUGCAUUUCUGACACACAAAGGAUUUCCCUAGAGAUAAUGACGUUACAGCCCAGGUGCGAGGACGUAGAGACGGCGGAGGGGGUAGCUUUAACUGUCACAGGUGUGGCACAGGUGAAAAUAAUGACCGAGAGAGAGCUUCUGGCUGUGGCCUGUGAGCAGUUCUUGGGGAAGAACGUCCAAGACAUUAAGAACGUGGUCCUUCAAACGCUGGAGGGGCAUCUGCGAUCCAUCCUAGGCACCCUGACAGUGGAGCAGAUCUAUCAGGACCGGGAUCAGUUUGCCAAGCUAGUGCGGGAGGUGGCAGCUCCAGAUGUGGGCCGCAUGGGCAUCGAGAUCCUGAGCUUUACCAUCAAGGAUGUGUACGAUAAGGUGGAAUAUCUGAGCUCUCUGGGGAAGACUCAGACAGCCGUUGUUCAGAGAGAUGCCGACAUUGGCGUGGCAGAGGCUGAGCGAGACGCUGGCAUUCGGGAGUCGGAGUGCAAGAGGGAAAUGCUGGACAUCAAGUUCAUGUCAGACACUAAAACGGCCGAUUCCAAACGGGCCUUUGAGAUGCAGAAAGCCGCCUUCAGCCAGGAGAUUAACAUUAAGACUGCCGAGGCCCAGCUGGCCUACGAGCUGCAGGGUGCCCGGGAGCAGCAGAAGAUCCGCCAGGAGGAGAUCGAGAUCGAGGUGGUGCAGCGCAGGAAGCAGAUUGACGUUGAGGAGAAAGAGAUCAUCCGGAUGGACAAGGAGCUGACCGCCACCAUCAAGCGUCCGGCAGAGGCCGAGGCGCACCGCAUGCAGCAGAUCGCCGAGGGCGAGAAGGUGAAGCAGGUUCUCAUUGCGCAGGCCGAAGCAGAGAAGAUCCGCAAGAUUGGCGAGGCAGAGGCCUCUGUCAUCGAAGCCAUCGGGAAAGCAGACGCAGAGAAAAUGAAGUUGAAGGCAGAGGCUUACCAGCAGUACGGCGACGCGGCCAAGAUGGCUCUGGUGCUGGAUGCUCUGCCCCAGAUCGCUGCCAAGGUGGCCGCUCCGCUGGCUAAAGUGGACGAGAUUGUUAUUCUCAGCGGGGACAAUAACAAGGUGACGUCCGAGCUGAGCCGUCUGCUGGCUGAGAUCCCUGCGUCUGUGCAUGCCCUCACUGGCGUCGAUCUGUCCAAGAUCCCCCUGAUCCAGAAAGCCACGGGAGCCCAGGCAUGAGGCUGGCCAGUCCAAAGCUAGUGAAGACAACCCCCUGUUAUGCACUCUUACAUCAACUGCCUUUAACACUUGGGAAAUCCUUUUAUAUCAAAGACAAUUGGAAGUUCAUUUUUAAGCUCUGGUGCCUUAUUUUGUAGGACCAGAAUGAUGCAUGUUAAAUUGGCCUUCUUUUCUUAAGGGGAAUUUAUUUUGUAAGUUUAAUUGUGUGUUGUAUUAGUCUGGAGUGUCGAUUUGAAUCCUCGGUUAUAAUUGGCAGCUUGUCUGGUCUUGCAAUCUUGGUGCCUUGAAGUUCUCUGUCCUCUGUUUGGAGCUCAGGGGCAGAGAGGCCGAGAGGGGUGAGCUGGAAGCCCGGGGGCUCAGGGAGCAUCCACUGGGGCAGUGAGGAGUGUAGAUGGAGGGGCUUGCAAACUUCUUCCUUAGGGCAGAAGCCUGUUUCUGCAGCGCUCCCAGUGUGUGGAACUGCUGGAAGAGAACCCUGAGCAGGACGUCCUCUUGUCUGCCCGAGUUACAAAUGUGAUCUAGCAAGUCCCACGUUCUUGCACUCACAACUGCUUUUUUGGUCACCCGCUGGCUGGCCUCCCCUGUACACUACCCCCAGGGCACGCAGAGUCUAGCAAGACUGCACUGAGCCAAGCCCCAGGACCAUGCUGAUUCUGAAGGGCCCAGUCUAGGCUGGGGGUUGAGAGAGGAGCCCGCCCUCCGACAAUGACUUAGGCAAUGCAGGAGUCCUGCCAGCCUGCCGAGAUCUGCCCAGCCUGUUGCCAUGCCAUGCUGCAGCCCGGGGGCCGCGGUUCCUCUACUGCUUGAUUCAGUCUCAGAAUUUAGCUGCUGAGGGGGCUACAGUGACGUUCUCUCGGCAGAUCUCCGCUCAGGGCCCGCCAGAGCCUUGGGGCCCAGUUCGGGAUGAGCACUGCCCUGGGAGCGCCCCUUGCUCUCCUGGCUGUUGUCUGCGGCGCACAGUAGCGUGGCUAGUACAGGUGCUCUGGAGACAGGCUCUCUGGAGUGUGUCCAGCAGCUGCCUGCCCCAGUGAGGAAACUGCUUGCAGCCCCACCAGAUUGAGUCUGUCAGUCAGCAGCAUGAAGCCAGCCUCCUGUCCCAGGUGCGUUGCAGACCCGGCCCUGACACUGGGAGAAGAAACUGCUCCUGGGGAAGCCAGCUACCGUUAUGGAAGGGCCACGGGAGUCAUGGCUCUGUUGGCUCCCUUUUGUACACACAGCCUCCCGACGGCUUCUCUCGGCAGCGUUACAAGCCCUGCUAGCGCUCAGCCAGCAAGGCCCCGCCCGGGCAGUGUAGCCUCUUGGCUUCCUUCGGCUGGGCCGCUGAGGUGCAGCCUGCAGAGGCGUUGGGUUGCGGCGUGCUUGAUCUGGCUGGAGCUGUGCAUGCUGAGGCUGGGGAGUAGCCAGGGUGCCGGUGUCCCCCUGAUCCUGACAGGGCAGUUGUUCAAAUGCCAAGGAGGGAUCUGGGUGUGGUGUAAUCCCUCGCCCAGGUGGGGGGUCCCGGGGCUGUAAUCCAAACGCCGCCUGAUUGUUGUUUGUUUAGUUUUGUUGAACACGUGGCCCAGAGUCCUAGCUCCAUCUCCCGCGCUCUCCCUGCCACUCCCCCCAGUGUGAGGUGCCACCUGCGUCCAUAGCUGUUGUCAUCCUGGGCUGUGUAGCAAUGUGAAAUGAGGCUGUGUAGCAACCUUUCCUGUCUCUCGGUGUGACUGAUCCCGCUGCUGUAGGUGCCAAGCUGUGCCAGCGGGCACUCUGCUGCUGCCAAAGUGUCUUCUCCUGCCAGUGGUAGCCAAGGCUUUCCUCUUUGUAUCUGUUGCGGUGCCCUCUCCUCUUCCCCUGGCGGUUUGUCCAGCUCAGGGUGGGCAUAGGGGUGUGUGGGUCGAUCCCCCAGCAGGAGGGCCACACGCCAGGGCUCCCGGUGCUGUUUGACCUGCCUCGGGCUUGUCUCGGUUGUUGUACAGACUGCUUUCCGCGCUCAAGGGGGGUGCAGUAGUGCCCAGUGCGUAUUGAGUGCUGUGUGAAAUCCCCCCAGGGCCCUGCUGGAACUCAGGGGCAGGGCUGAGGCCAGAGCCUGUACGGGACGGUGUGCUGGACUGAGCACCAAGUGUUUGUGGUUGCAGUGAGCGUUCACUCGCUGGUUGGUUAUAGGGACCAUCACAAGGAAGCUUCACAGGCCCGAAGGGGGAGUGUGUGUGUGGAUUAAACCAAGAGGGAAGCUGUGCCUGACAGUAGGCCUUGAAAAUGCUCUGACGUCCAGUCUCUCACUUUACCGGGUUAGCAAGGACACGGGCACCGUGGCCAGCAGGCAAAGGUGCCAAGCCCAUCAGCAUAACAAUAAAGCUGCCGUUGGUGGUGAUCUAGGGGCCCAAGACCUAAGGCCCACAGGGCGGGUGCCCGUUCUCCCCCUGCCCUCAGUCCUCACCCACAGCCCCCGGCUGUUCUGCUCCUAGGGCCUGCAGUGUGAAUCCUACGCUGAGGUACAGUGCCUGGUUUUGUGACAGCCCCGGGCACAUGGGCACCAGUUUCUUUCCUUGCCAAAGUAAGACUCCCCAGGUCUGCAGAGGAGAAAGUCUGCUGCUCCCUGCACCCUGUUACAUUUCUUCCUCCUCCUGCUCCGGCUGUCUUGUGCGUCCUGUGGAAGGCCCUCCCUGCAGAGCAAACCUGGUGCUUUGAUGGCGAAUGUGCCCUGGUUUCCCACCACCCGUUUCCUUCCUCAACACUGCUCUGGCCGUGGGGCAGCUGGUGAAAACCUGUCCGAGCUGUGUGCGCUCUGGCAGGCUGCUCCCCACCUCCCCGCAUCUGGGAAGGCGCCUCCCUCUUUGGGAGCUGAGCGGGGAGUUCCAGGAUGUGACGGGAGUGUAAUGUAGAGCUGAAACUGGGUCUGGCAGGAUUUCGGUGGGGAAACAUGUGGAGCGAAGGAAUCUCUGGCCUCCUGGGGCUUCUCUCAGGGCUGACACUAGUUCUGCGUCCAGCGGGGAGGAGGAGCUGGCUGGACAACAGGAGGGGAAGGGAUGGUUUUAUCUGCUGGCUUGCACAUAGGCCCCAGACACACUACUCUGUAUAUCUGGAACUAGCUUAUUGCAGUGGGAGGCCUGGAGCUGACUGUUCUGUAAAGGCUGUUCAUAUCUGCAUGUAAAUUGUGCAUGACUGUGCGGCACAGCUGUGCAUGCCAUCGUUCUGCUGACAUGUUACAUACUGUAUAAUAAAGAGGCAGCGUGACCAUGCUGCACUGGCUGUCA